AUGGCUUCUCGUACAGUGCAGAAGGCCGCGAUCCCCAUCACGAAUCCCAACGCCAUCAAGAUAGUAGAGACCAAUGGCCACUCGAAGGAUGCCGACGGUGCAUCGACUGCAUCUCCUUCCACGACCUCCGCGAGCGCGGCAUCGCCGGCGGCCUCCAAUGCGACUGCAAACGGCGCCGACCAUCCCACAGCUACUGUGGCCCCCGUUGCAGAGGCGUCCCGUCCCACUGCACCAAAGCCUACGGGUAACACUUGGAGCUCGCUGGACAUGGGCGGCGUGAACAUCAAGAGCAUACCGCGGACGUCUGGUCUCUUCUCAUUCACCUUCCUCAUCAACCUGUACCUGAACCAUAACUCACUGUCAAGCAUACCUCCGGAGAUUGCGAAGCUGCGGCACCUCGAGCUGCUGGACCUGUCGGGCAAUAACCUUGUCAGCAUCCCGUCCGAGCUCGGCAUGUUAACGUCGCUGAAGGAGUUGUAUCUGUUCGACAACCACCUCACGACUAUCCCGUCCGAGCUCGGUAGUCUACACCAACUGCAGACACUCGGGAUCGAGGGCAAUCCGCUGGACGCGUCGUACAAGCAGAUCGUGCAGAAGGACGGCACGCCCGCACUGAUCUCGUACCUCCGCGACUCGUGUCCUAGUCCCAACCCACCAUCAGAACGACAAUGGGUGGAUCUUAUCAGUACAGCGGAGCGGGAAGCGUACAAGGCAGAUCCGAAUGUGGAGACGGUGACUGCGCUAUGCUACAACAUUCUCUGUGAUCGAUUUGCCACAGAGCGGAUCUACGGGUACACCCCGUCGUGGGCGCUGGAGUGGGAUUACCGGAAGGAGCUUAUCCUCGCGGAGAUUCUCUCGCACGAAUCCGACUUCGUGUGCUUGCAGGAGGUGGAUAUCGCCAACUUCGAGGAGUACUUCACGCCGAACAUGUCAGAGCGGGAUUACGAGGGGGUGUUUUGGCCAAAGUCGCGGUACAAGACGAUUAGUGAGGCGGACAGGAGGCUUGUUGAUGGGUGUGCGACCUUCUACAAGGCGUCAAAGUACACACUCGUUGAAAAGCACCUCGUCGAGUUCAGCGCGGCGGCCAUGCAACGCUCUGACUUCAAGAAGACGGACGACAUGUUCAAUCGCGUGUUGGGCAAGGACCACAUCGCGGUCGUGUGUCUGCUCGAGAAUAAGCACACCGGGACACGCUUCAUCGUCGCGAACGCGCACAUCCACUGGGAUCCGAACUUCCGCGAUGUCAAGCUCGUGCAGGUCGCUCUCCUCGUCGAGGAGCUGGAAAAGAUGGCGAGCGGGUUCGCCAGGUACCCGCCCCGUCUACCUCCUACUCCCUCAUCAGCCGGUGGCGGCGCGAACACCCCCGGUGCAGGAGAUCACAACGCGUCGUCGCGACCACCGCCUGUGUACUCGGAUGGCACCAAGAUCCCACUCAUCAUCUGUGGUGACUUCAACUCGUUGCCGGCUAGCGGCGUGUACGAGUUCUUGUCGAACGGCUCCGUGGCACACAACCAUGCGGACUUCAUGGGCCACACGUACGGGAAGUACACGUCGGAAGGCUUGAGGCAUCGACUGGGCUUGAAGAGCGCAUAUGCGGCGACGGGCGAGCCUCCGAUGACGAACUACACACCGAGCUUCCAGGGCCCAAUCGACUACAUUUGGUAUUCGAUGUCGAACUUGUCUGUCAACGCCGUCCUCGGAGAGGUGGACAAUGCGUACUUGGAGAAGGUCGUCGGGUUCCCGAACGCCCACUUCCCGUCAGACCACUUGUGCAUUGUCUCCGAGUUCCGCGUACGCCCUCCGAAAGAGCCGCAGCCUGCUCGCCCUCCACCCGUCUUCCCCGAGUCGUCAAGAGCACACGCAUAG